CAACAAUCCGGAUCAUUCGUAAGCGCUUUUGACAGUACCAUAACCGCUAUCAGCAUCGUUCUCGCCUUUUGCAUCCACUAAGCUACGCCCAGAUUUAUUUUCGUUGAAAAAGAAACCCCGUUAUCGGCCCCUCAGUUCAACAAAUCCAGAGAUUGCAUCGCAGUGCCCUUCUUUUUACCGGGCCCCGAUCCGUGGUGUUCCUCUCGGGGGCCAGGUACCUAGGUCUUGACAUAGCGAACACCAAGUGUGACGAUGGAUGUCUCGGCCUACCAAUAUAGGCCCCCAAAGCCCAACUAUCUGCCUCACAAUAUCGAGGCCGAUGACCCCAUCGUGGAAGAGUACGCCGUCCCGCUCGGCAAGGCUGACGACCGCGAAAAUGCCAUCUUCUUCAACAAGAUGAAGUUCGCGGCGCAGGAGUACGGCAUUGUCCGUCCCAAGGGGUACAGGGUCUCGUACCACGCCACGCCCGAGAUGGAGAAGCAUCACUUUGGACAGACGCACCCCAUGAAGCCGUGGCGCCUGACGCUAACCAAGAGCCUUGUCACAUCGUACGGAAUGCCCUUUGCCAUGGACAACUACGUGACGCGGGAGGCCACGUACGAGGAGCUCAAUGCGUUUCACUCGAGCGACUAUCUCGACUACUUGUCAACAGCAACCCCCGAAGACCAGCCACAGGAUAUAGACAACUCUGACAAGGAGGUCAAGUACAACCUCGGCGGGAGUGACUGCCCGCUCUUCCAUGGGCUCUACAACUACUGCUCCAUGUCGGCGGGAUGCUCACUCGACGCUGCGCGCAAGAUCACCAACAACCAGUCCGAUAUCGCCAUCGCUUGGGGCGGCGGGCUACACCACGCCAAGAAGUACGAGGCAUCGGGCUUCUGCUAUAUCAACGACAUUGUGCUCGCCAUAUUACAGCUGCUGCGCAUCUACCCACGCGUGUUGUACAUCGACAUUGAUGUGCACCACGGCGAUGGCGUCGAAGAGGCCUUUUACUCGACCGACCGCGUCAUGACCGUCUCGUUCCACAAGUACCACCCGGAGACCUUCUUUCCCGGCACCGGUGCGCUCGAGGACAAUGGGCCAAAGAGCGAGCACAACCCGGGAGCGCACCACGCCAUCAACGUCCCCCUACAAGACGGCAUCACGGACGAACAGUACGAGAACCUCUUCCAGAGCAUCAUUGGUCCCAUCAACGAGCGCUACCGGCCGAGCGCCAUUGCGCUACAAUGUGGCGCGGACUCGCUGGCAGGCGACCGUCUCGGUCGCUUCAACCUCCGCGUCCAGGGCCACGGCGCCUGCGUGCGGUACUGCAAGAGCCUCGGCCUACCGAUGAUUAUGUUUGGCGGCGGCGGAUACACGCCGCGCAACGUUGCACGUGCCUGGGCAUACGAGACAUCGAUCGCCAUCGGAGCCGACACGCGGAUCCCCGAAACCAUUCCCGAGCACGCGCCGUGGCGUGAGCAUUUCAUCCAUGACACGCUGUUCCCGACACUCGAGCAGAGCAUGAACGAGCCGCGCCAUAACCGCAACUCGGACAAGCGGCUGCGCGAGAUUGUCGCUCACGUACACGAGCAGCUCCGCUUCGUUUCGCACGCGCCCAGCGUCCAGAGCACCAUUAUCCCUCCUGAUCUCGGGCCGAUUAGGGACGAUGUGGAAGCACGCUUGAAGGAAGAAAGUGAAGAGAAGGACGGAGGGUUGAGGAAGAUUCAGGAGGAAGGGUUAGGACAAGAAGGGGAAUUUUAAAAAGAGUACGGGACGGCCGUAUGUACAGUAGGGUCUUGGGCACGGCGUCGAUGUAUUUUCGAGCCCGACAGACUCCAUUGGCGCCCGAAGCAGUAGUGAGCAAACAGGAUACCCAUUUUCAAG